CGUUAAUUGAUGGUUCAAUUAGCAUAAAACAGUGAAAGACAACAAACUCCAAAACAACCGAACCAUUUAUUAUCAUCCGGGCCUGGAUCUGCUCUGCUUUGGGCCCGUUCUGUUCAGUGUGAAGGUUUCCGUUCGGCCGCUGCUCCGGACUCGACGCAGCCUUUAACGUGACGGAGGGCUGUAAUUUGAGAGGCGGCCUAUUAUUAGCUGAAAAGCCCCGCGCGGUUCCGGGGGCGUCCAGAUGUUGCGUUUAAGGCGCCGGGGGAAGUCAGGAACCGGCUCGGAACCAGGCUUUCAGACGGAGAAUCCGCGCAGAACCUCGGCGGGGAUGAAAGGCGUCGGGUUCGACUGAAGCAGGAGAGGAACGCGCUUCGGAUCAGUUCGGACGAACGGCACCGAGCAGGACGCGGCCCGGAGCCGUUUGGACGCGGACAGCUGCCUGAAAUGUGCGUGUUUGUGGCUGACGCUUCAUCAACCGAACCCUGACGCCUGUGAGUCACUAGUGAGCGUGCGGUUCUGCGCCAUGGUUCUGCUUCACGUGCUCCUGUGCGCCGGGAUGCUGUCGCUGUCGCGGUGCGCGGCGUUUUUCAGCGGACCUUUACACCCGGAGAUGUCGAACGGGACCUUCCACCACUACUUCGUCCCGGACGGGGACUACGAGGACAACGACGACCCGGAGAAGUGCCAGAUGCUGUUCAAAAUGACCGACGAGCGCAAGUGCAGCCUGGACGAGGACCAGGACGCGGUGAUUCGCGACGACUUCACCAUCGUCCAGAGGCAGAUCGAGGACGCGGCGCGGGUCCUGGAGGGCGUCGGGAGGAGCAUCUCCUACGACCUGGACGGGGACGACAGCUACGGGCGGUACCUGCGGCGCGAGACGGGCCAGAUCCGCGAGGCCUUCGGCCACUCGGAGAAGUCGCUGCUGGAGCUGGAGGUGAAGUUCCAGCAGAGCCAGGAGAGCGAGCUGAAGGAGGAGCACCGGCUCAGCGACCACUGCCUCGCCAUGAUCGCGCACACGCGCGACGCGCUGAAGGACACGCUGGACAUCUCUGCGGGUCUGAAGGACAAGCACGAGCUGCUGUCGCUGAUCGUCCGCAGCCACGGGACGCGGCUGAGCAGACUGAAGAACGAGUACAUGAAGUCCUGAGGCGUCCAACGGCCGCUCGCAAUCGAAAUGAUCGGGAGUUCAAUAGCUUUUAUCUAUAAAUGAGGUUGUGGAAUUUAAAGCGGAGCAUAACCACAAAAAGAGGCAGUAACUGACCAGAACCGUCCCCCCCAUGAAGCAGACGUCGGAGCCUCUGAACCCCAAAGCUGCAGGAAGCUCGUAUGAGUGGAUCAUUGCUGUCGAUCAGAUGUGAUCAGAUGUGAUCGACAGCAGCAGGUAUCAGUCAGACGGACUCCGGCCCAAAGACGGCGCUGCAGCCUGUGACGCUCGGCUGCUUCAGUAGGUUCAACAAACCAGGGCUCAAGUGGCUUAUUUAUUUAUUUAUUUCUACAGUUUUAAUGAAACAGGCUCCAUUUGAAAUUAUACAGCGCUGCGGAGGUCCGCUUCCCCUCAACACCGGCGCCGGAAAGAAAUCAUAUCUAGGAAAUUAUAGUUUCCAAUUAGUGAUUUCAUUAUCGACAAACAUAAUUUCCCAGUACUUUGUUUUAUUGUGGCAGAAGUUGAAACCUGGGCCUCUGAACGUAUGCCGUGAGUCCACUAUUUCUGAGAGCUCUCUGUAAAUAGUUCCGUCACUGUACUAAACCGACCACAGUGAUCGCUUCCAAAGAAAUGCUUCAGUGCUUUUUUCCUCAUCCUGACACUAAAGAUGAAUGUUUCUAGUUAUACCAAAGAAUGUUUACGCAUACACAUGUAUUUUGUAUUUGUAUUGUUGUGCGUUGCAUUUCCAGGCUGGCACACUUUGCACACUUCUUCACUGUUUUGGUGCUAAAAGUUGUGGCCUGGCUUCAAAUGCAAGGCCUUCGCUGUGCUGAUCUGCACAGACAGUAUAAUCAUGUAAAUAUACGGUGCAUUAUUAGACAUAAGUAAAUACUGUGAGUGGCAUUAUCUUUAUUACAGAACACCUAAAUAUGUAUUUGUGUUAUGUAAAGAAUUGCAAUAGAGCGACAGAUAUCUAUCGAUGUGAGAUAUGUGGAGCGGUGUAAAGACUGCAGGCAGCACUCGUGGACGUCCAUGUAAAACACUACGUUUUUAAAGGAUGUGACUUCUCAAAUAAAGUGUUUAUCUCUGAAGUACA